AUGCCCUCCGACUCUGAGGAGCCAACGGCCGUCAGAGGGCGCGACCACAAGUGCCGCCCCAAGGCCGUGUCCGCGACGCCCAGGAAGCUGAGCGACCGCGGCGGCGACCGCGGCGGUGACGGUCGGCGUCGAGGCGCCGGGGAGCGGGUGUCCCCGAGCCCGGCCUUCGACACUUACGCCGAGGACGGCGGAUUCGAGAUCGACGUCCGACCGGUACGCCUCCCGCCCCUCGCGGACAGCAGGGAAGACGGGCUGCCGUUCAGCCUGUGGGACGGCGCGGGGCGGCGGCCGCAGUACCUGGACCACGACGACCUCGACCAGCCGCCGUCCUUCGAAGCCGCUUCCGGUGAAAGUGCGGAGGCACACCACGGCCACGGACUCGAGGGGCAUGGCGUGGACGGCGGCCACGGCAGGGGGCCGGUCGUGGUGAGGGCACCGCCGUUCAACUCGGUGGCCAUCGGCUUCCUCAUCUACCUGGUGCUGCUCACCUUGCUGCAGGCCUCCAUUUACGACACGUCCCAGAAGGGGCUGCUCAGCAGCCUACUGGGGCCGCUGGGGCUCAAGCCCUCGCGGAACCGUCGUGACAUGGAGGACGACGUGGAGGGCGCUGACGUGAUCCUCGGCCAGGCGGGGGAGCGGCGCGUGUCCAUCCUGGGUCUGGAGCACCACGACCAAGGUCUGCAGCAGGGCGCGGCGCCCACACUGCCCGCCCUGGAACACCGGCCAGUGCUCGUGGCGGCGGUGCUGGAGUCGGAGGACGGAGACGGAGGCCCUCGUAGUGUCAGGACUCGCAGGGACGCCCCAAGGCGAGGGGGUCGGAGCUAACCCCACGCCCCACACUCUCCUCUCCGUUGUGGGCUGAGGGUCUCGUUGUCCUUGUGGGCGUGUGAUAUUUUGUAAAGGAACUUAACUCCCUGUAUCAAUUAGGUAAUCAUUUUAUUUUUAUCUCAGAAGAUCUUCUACAAGUGUCAGUAAGUCCUGAACAGUUUUACACCAAGCAUAGGGGAGUAGUAGUAGGAAGUUCCUACAAACAUUGGAUAAUAUCAAUUUGUAUGAAGAAUCCAGGCUUUCAAAUAAUUACAAAAUACACUUCAAUCUGGGGCCGAAUACAUUUUCAGUCUUCCGACCACUGCAUCAGCAACACACACUUCAAAUUAAAAAAAUAAAAAAAAUGACAGAAUUGCACUCUUUAAUUACCUUAUAAUUAUACCUCAGUUUAACAGAAUAGAUAAUGAAUUGCCCCAAUGAUUUUGACUGGUGCACUAAACAUCAAUAAUAAUAAUAAUAAUAAAUAUACAAAUCACAAUGUUUCCGUUUAAUGGUGUGUUUAAAACUUAAACAAAAUUCUAAGAGUUGGAGUCACUUGUUGAGAAGCAGAACUUUAAGCUACAUCGAAAUUUACAUGAAUUGUUAAUGAGCAACAAACAAUGUUACGAGUGAAGUCCCACUAUGUUUAAGAUUAGAUUAUUUACUGCCGAACUAUCUCAAAUGGCA